UAUUAGAAUUAUUACUUCAUUAUCAUAACAAUUAAAAACUCUCACCACUGCUCCUGAUGUAAUUAUUCCGUCCCCUAAUAGUUACUACCACGCGAUGCUUUACUGGGUGAUUAUAUCUCUCCAUAAACUACUUUAUUUCGACCAUUUCAUUUAUCAUUGAUUCAGCUUUAAAACUCAAAAAUGUCAUUUGAAUAUUUCAAAAAUAUAUGUAUCAGUUUUGACAAAGAUUGAAAAUGUUAGAAAAAAAUGCAAAAAUUUCAGUGUUGCGAACAAUGAUCGGCUUAGGCGAAGAGAUCGAACCACAUUUUAUCGUACCGCAGAACUCAAUUUCGAAUAUACGCCAAAAAAUGGGACUCAGCGAACGUACAGGAAUGACGAAUACACAAAUGCCAACGCUCAUACCGUUGGAGAACUCACUGCGCAGCACACAACCGGCCACCGUCAAGUGUCCGCACUGCGAGAGCAUGGCGAAGAAUUUCCUCUACCUCGAGAGUCUCAUACGCAACAACUACAAUCCAAAAUCGCAAUGUGGCCUCUGCUACUCAUCGCUCAAAUAUCUGCAAUAUGUGAACAAGAGUAUUAUGCAAGUCUUUGGCAAUUUCGAGAGUAUCGUCAAUGCCGCCAACACAUUUACUGGUAACCAUCGACCUCGUUCGCCAAUUACAACUGCAACUGUACGCGAUACGCGCGCGAUCACAGCCAAGUCGCCCACCAAACUCGCUGCCGCUAAAAAGAGCUUAACGAAAAAGCCAUUGAAGGAAGGUGGUAAAGUGUCGCGUCCAGUUUUGCAGACAAACACGAAAAGUGUGACUAAUGCGCGCUUAACUGGUGGCGCGAAGCAUGUCGGCAAAUCACGCAGUCAUCACGCUAGCGCCAAGACAAAGGCAAAGAAUAAGAAAGCAAACAAUGGGCGUCUACCCGGUGGUUUUGACGGUAAGCGCAAGAAGUCCGCACUCGCAAAGCCGAACAGUGGCAAGCAGAAGCAUGCGAAGUCGAAGCGAAGCAAAGUUACCGCGCCACAAACUGGGAAGUAAUGUGGCCAUCAGUUAGAGUUGAGAUGUCGCUAGCUUGUUCUAGCAGAGCUUGGACAUUGGUAGCAAUCGAGUUUAUAUUUUUUAGUAUGAUUUUUUUCUAUUUUGGAAGGCAAAAUUAAAAUUCGAAUGUGAUUUAGUAAUUUUUUAGUAUUUGUUUAUAUUGAAUAAAAUGCUUUUA